UAACAAACUGGAGGUUUUUGCUUUAGAAAAAUAACACCUUUUAAUGCACCAUGUAUUUAUUUAUAUCAGCACAUUGAUGGUACAGAAACUCCUCAUGUGCAUGUGUUUUUGUCACUAAUCAAAAAUCUCAUUGUUGUGUUUUUAACUUUUUAGGGGAAAAAAUCAGAGAAGGAAGUGUCUUUUUUUAUUCUCAUUUGAAACCAUACCUCUACUUCCCUACCGAGUUCGCCGGAUGCCCGCUGUUAUGGACAGGCUAUUACUAGCACUAGGCAAAGUCCAUUGAAGGUGUAAAAAGCUGUCCACUCUAGUUUACAAUCGCUAGUCCGUCCUUCUAGUAGUCCAAUCCAAUAGGCAUGUACGUUCCAUACGCGGCCUAUGAAUCAGACUCAUAAGAUGGCGACUGCGGAGCCGGAAACAGGUGAAAACCCUUCCCAACCUUCAGAGGAAAACUCAGAAGAGAUUGGUCAAGAGCUUGGAAAUCCUGAAAAUUAUAUGAAACACCCUCUACAGAACAGAUGGUCUCUUUGGUUCUUCAAAAAUGAUAAGAGCAAAACCUGGCAAGCUAACCUGCGACUUAUCUCAAAGUUUGACACGGUGGAAGACUUCUGGGCUUUGUACAAUCAUAUUCAGCUAUCAAGCAAUCUGUUGUCCGGCUGUGACUACAGUCUGUUUAAGGAUGGCAUCGAGCCCAUGUGGGAGGAUGCGAGGAACAAGAGGGGCGGCCGCUGGCUCAUCACCCUCAACAAGCAGCAGAGACGGAUGGAGCUGGACCGCUUCUGGCUGGAGACGCUGCUCUGCCUGAUAGGGGAGGCGUUUGACGACUACAGCGAUGAGGUCUGUGGCGCCGUGGUCAAUAUCCGAACUAAAGGAGACAAAUUAGCCAUCUGGACGUCAGACUUUGAAAACAGAGAUGCCGUCACCCACAUAGGGAGGGUGUACAAAGAGAGGCUAGGGAUUCCUCCCAAGAUGACCAUUGGAUACCAGUCCCACACCGACACAGCUACCAAGAGUGGCUCCACCACCAAGAACAAGUAUGUGGUCUAAAAGCGAAGAGGUCUAAGACCUGGCCUGGCCCGGUCUGGUCUGAUCUCUACACCUGUAUGCCCUGGUCCUUGUGUCCUGUGUGUGCAGACCCCUACACUGUCUCUUCACACUGACGUGCCAAACCAACCAUGUGAACACUCAGCACAUUAUCUGCCGUUCAGCAAACCAAAGCUACCAGACUCUGACUGUCUAUUUUGAAAUAUAUCUACUUAACUAAGUAUGUGCACACACACACACUUUAACACACACUGCUCAAAUCAACGUCCUGUACAUACUGUAUGUGUACACAGGAAUCGUUAGCCAGUGCUACUGUGCUAAGAGCGACUACUGCUUCUGGAUCCAUCUUCCUAUUCUCUCAUUACACACAUACAUACUUCCAUACAUACUUACAUGAACACAUCAAACAGUGCCUUCGAUUUUUUCGUUUUAUUUUAUUGUAUGUUCUUUUUUUUUGGUGAAGUAUUUGCUUUAUGGAUUCCCGAUCACUAGAGGGCGCUCCUGCAUCAUUGUUAUUGCUCUCUCUAGCUGUGGAGCUGUGGAGCUCUCUCUAUCAGCAAGUUGCCUCUGCACCAAGUCUACAGACGUCACCAUGGAGACGUCACACGCACAUACACACACACACAUACACACACUCUUCAUUCUCCACGACCUCCCGCCACACACGCAUACACACAUACAUACACGCACUCACAUAUUCACCAGCCUGUCUGAAAUUUGAAAGUAAUAUCACAACUAGCAUUUGCACUAUUGUGCCGUCAGAGCCAAAUCACAGCAGAACAAAAAACAACAAAAAAGUGUUUCAUCAGAAGCAAAGUGUUAGGGGAGUGGUGGUACUGCUGCUGAUGAUGUUUUCAAGUUAAGUUCCUGGCCACAGGCUGUUCUGUGCCUUUUCUUUGGUCUUACAUGUAGAAAAACACUACCCUUUCAAAGUGGAAAUUUGAUCCUCAGUUUAUAAUGCAACUUACUCUUAAUCAUUUAUGGUUACAGUAUUUGCCCCCAAAAGAACACAUCUAUUCUGGUUAUCAGACGAGACCAGUCUGUACACGAGGACGUGUAGCAUAUUCAUUGUGGUGUCAUAAAAAUAAAAGCUCGCUGUUGAUUUAUUUAAUGUUUGAAAGACGAAAAGGAAAUUUGUAUUAGAAAUUCAAGGUGGAUUUCCUGUUUUUAUGUUUCGACAUGGCACUUGGCCUUGCCUUUUCUCCCAUUAUUUAAUUUAUUUUGACAUAAUUCAACUUUUUUGCAUUUCCUUUUGAAUGCAUGCAAUCAAUGCUAAUGUUAUUCUCAUAUGGUGCCUUUUUUUGGAGUAUUAACAAUUAAAAUCUUUGGUUUUUGCAAGUCAAUGUGUUUUAUAUUGUGCAUUACUUUAUGCGAAAAAAUGAUGGCAACAACAUUCCUUGUGAGAAUUUGUAAGAUAAUUUUAAAUGAAUGCUGUUUUGGAACAAAUUGUACUCUUGAUUGUGAUUGGGCUUUGUCUUGAAUUGACUUCCUUAGUCAGAGCAUAGCAUUCUUUGCAAAUAAAGGUUUUUGUGAGUUUCAA